AUGCUUACACUUAUCGAGGCUUUUCGAUUCCCAGAUAUGGCCUGGAAGUACUUUGCGAUUGGCCAGGCUGAACUGGCUGCUGGUCGAUUGAAAGAUACACACCUUCGCCUUUGUAUCGGCCAGACCAAGGCAGUCCUGGGGCGCCUCAGCGGGAACAUGGAUGAGGCCGUCAGUAGUCUUCAGGACAUUGUGUCAAAUAAUCCAGCUGCCAGUGCAAGCAAGCGAGUACGAUGUGAGGUUGGUGUUGCAAUCAUUCAGCGUUCUUUGAACUGCAUCCAGGUUGCAGAUCUUUCCACGGCACAGAAGCUACUGGAGGACUGGGACCCUUAUGAUGCCGAACCAUCACCCUUGGAGAAGAUUCUUAGCUUUCGCAAGUAUUCGUUGCUGGGACGAGUCAUGCGCCUACAGGGUAAUUUCGAAAAGGCAUUGGAACUUCUCAAAACAGCACACCAGGCAUCGCAGAUAACGGGCGAACUCGUUUUCGAUGAGGAUCUCCGCGAUCUCACAUGCGACCUGGCUGAUACUUUGCGGGAGCUCAACGAACCCGUGGCUGGUGAGGGCUAUCUUCGCGCAGAGAUCACGCGGCGAACCGAGAGACCAGACCCAUUGCAGGGCAAGUCGCUUCUGGAACUGGCUUUGGCGGAGGCUCUCUUUGCUCAGGAACGAUAUGGAGAGGCGAAAGAGAUAUGUGUCGACAUUGAGUCACGGGCAAGUCUUCUCAAGUACGAGCGGUUACGUGUAAAUGUUAUAUUGGCGAAGCUGUCACACACAAGGUCGGAUUUUGAGGCUGCCUUGUCGCGAUGGAGCGAAGCGAUGCAAGCAUUGCAGGAGUUUUCCCUGGUAGAUGGACAGGUGCAGAAUAUUAUCUCUGCGUCAAUGGCCGAUGUUUUGGACGCUCAAGGUCACAACUGGUUGACGAAAGAAUCUCCUCGAAAGGCUUCACUGACAGAAUUGGCAAAACCAGAGGGUGUGCCACACUGGAUCGCUGGUUUUCGGCAAUGGGCAGAUUACCUCCAGUCCAAGGGUACCAGAUAA